GUGACACUGAACUUAAAGCAGCGUAGCUGAAAUUCGGCUAAAACGGCGACGGCGAGAGACGUUUACGGCACAGAUCAAACGCGUUUCAGCCUCGCAGACGCAACUUAUCAGACUCCUCGCAUACGUCCACCUGUAAGGAAUAUAUAUCACCGGGCAUGACCUCGAACUCAGGCGCUAGCCCGAGAGGGCUGCUCGUUGUUAUAGAAGGCCUCGACCGCUCCGGAAAGUCAAGCCAAUGUCAGCAGCUGUUCGACUCUCUACAAUCACAGGGCAAGAGAGCACGAUAUGUCAAGUUCCCUGACCGGACCACACCGACCGGACAGAUGAUCAACAGCUACUUAACAGGCCAGGUUCAACAGGACGAUCAUUCCAUCCAUUUGUUGUUUUCUGCCAACCGCUGGGAAGCCAUCAGGAGCAUCCAUAACGACCUUUUGGCUGGCGUCACCGUGAUUGUUGACCGCUACUCGUUCUCAGGAGCCGUGUAUUCGGCCGCCAAAGAAAACCCCGACUUGACGCUUGACUGGGCCUGGAAUCCGGAAAUCGGGCUUCUGAAACCCGACGUCCUGUUCUUUUUGGACAUUUCUGCUGCCGAUGCCGCCAAGCGCCGAGGUUACGGUGCCGAGAGAUACGAAACAGAAAAGAUGCAGGCCCGUGUACGCACGCUGUUCCAGGAACUCUUCGCCAGACUCGAGAAUGUACCCGUUCGUAUCAUCAAUGCAGGACAACCAUUAAAGGCAGUCGCAGAUGAUAUUGCGGCUGGCAUUGCUGAUGGCGCACAAAGUGAAGCUAGUUCUAAGCAGUUGGGCAAGCUGGGACCAUUGUUGGCACAGGCUUGAAUUUACAAUGAUUUGAAUGCUAUUAAAAUGUCAUUUCAUCGUUCAUCUUCGCUAUCCUCAAUCACGAUUUCAAGUCUGGCUGGCUGCGGGCUUUUAUCAAGACGGCUCUCAAGGUGGGAUGGAAUGCUUAGCAGCGACUCUGCAGAGGAGACCGACGCAUUGUCCGCCAGCUCCUCCUCGCUCACGUCUUCUGCUUCAAGUUCGUCUACCACUUCCUGCGCGACCCCUCGUCCUUAAUGUAACCUGUUGCAUCAAUUCCCGCCACCGGUGUUCCUGCUUGCACAUUGGGCAAUGUGCAACUUCGGGUACGACGGACGUUGACGGGUCCUUGUUGAGGGCCGAAUCCGCUAGGCAGGUUACGUGGCAUAUGGCCGGGCAGUCAUGUGUAUGACAGACCACGAAGAGGCUUUUCUGCAGGUCAAUGCCAUCUCCGCACACAGCACACCUGUGGUCAUCUCCUUCAUCUAGAAGGAACUGGCACUUUUCAAGCACAUCACGCAGUCCUGCAUAUGUUGGGUCCACACCAUCAACACCGCCUUUUCCGAUCAGGUCAGCCCUUCGUCUCCUCGUCGCCGGCUGAGCGGAGGUGAAUUCGUGUUCCUGUUCUUCCGAAAUUGAUUGCGCGGGGUCAAAAUAAACUUUGAUACCGGGACGAAUGCGUGAAUCCACCCGGCCGCACCAUGUCACCCAGGAACGAUAAGCAUCCUCGCUGAAGAACCGCACUUCAAGUGGCCACUUUGAGAAGUAAGGUACCCGGAGUAGGAGGUGCAGGUUGGACAAUUUAUCUAUCAGGGAGGUCCGCGGCCGGCCCGGUCUUCGUGUGACCUUUCCUGUUUGGGCAGAUGUUUUGGUGCGGGUGGUGGCGAAAGAAAUACGCUCCUCUGGCGUUAUGUGUCUGGUCAAGUGAGCAUUGUGCCAGGCCCAUUCAAACUGCAGAGCGGCAAUGUUGGACGGGAAGCCGGCGACAAUGCAGGCCAUCUCCCAGGGCCGAAGACUCGCUCGGGAUGUUCGCACUGCCCCACCCUGGACUCGGCCAUUAUGUUGUGCGAGGCGCCGUGCGGGAUUGGGACUUGAUCCAAUGUAGAUGCUUGAGCGGCGUACAGUAGAACGCAGAAGAUAACAGCAGUAAAAGGCCGGAACCGGUUUGAUGUCCAUAGAUACAAAGCCUGUGCCUAGGUAGUCAAGCGUUCAAGCUUUGGGCGCCGCGAUAUUGACGGGUCUCUGAUUCAAAGUUCGAACAAAAGGGGCCCGCAAGGUGCAGGGCCUAGAGAAGUAGCAUUGGUUCCCAUGCACUCUGGCUGUUAAGCAUGCGGCCAAAUAUUGAUAUGUCUGGGGGUAGUAUUCAGCGAUGGAGCGGAGCCCUUGCUCGCUUCACAUGUGAGAUGAUGGACACGGGAAACUUGCGCAGCGCAUGGGGUGUUGCGGCGCGGUCAGGCUGCAAAACAAGCAAAACAAAAGUCGGAACGUAUUCGCGCCACUCCGGACAUAUUAGAUAAGCUGCUGAGGCUAGCCAGAAGAAGACAGAGUCGCCUUGGC